CUUGUGGACACAUUACAUAAAUUUGACAGCAUAAAUAUGAUAUAGUUUGUAGUCAUCUCUUUCUGAUAAUCUCCACUUGUUUUGCUUAUGAGUGCUUUAUAGGUUGUGUGCGGCCUCUGCCCCAGCUCAAUGCUGCUUCAGCACACUGCCUUUAGCUGAGCUGUCAGACUCACUUAGGUCUUCUCCCACUGCAGUCCCUGCUGUGAGAGCACAGAGGUCACACUUUCACUCUCACCUCAACACUACACUGUAGGCUAUUAAAGAAGACUCUCAUUAACACGGCCAGUGAUAAGCUUCAGUGUGAUGAGUGGCUUUGUACCAACAAGUAUACUCUCAAGUUGAUGCUUUACUUGGUUUCUUUAAUCCGUCUGGUGAUAUUUUGAAAAAUUAAAGUAUGUUUGUGUGCACUCCCACUGUAAUAGUUUCAUAUUUAUAUUAAUUUUGGUUCCCCACCUGUUCAGAUCAUGUCUUGAAUGGCAAACUGUAGAUGUGCUUCUGCUGCUUGCGUUUCUGUGUUUGCUAACAUGUGCAUACCCUCCACUUGUGCCUGCAUCAUGUGUAUUGUCCUUGCAUUCACUGCUCUCAUGUGUCUUUUUCUCAUUUUCUCAUUCCAACACCUUCGCCUGGUUGUUUAUUCUUGCGGCCAUCAGAUGCUGCAAGGCGCUACAAUGCAGCAGCUACAGCAAAUGCAGGUGCAAUCACAAGGCACUCCCAUCACGAGUGCUCCGGUGGCUAUGCAAGUGGGUGAGGGCCAACAAGUACAAAUUGUCCAAGCUGCAGCCCAAGGUCAAGCACAGACUGCUCAGGCCCAGGGGCAGACCAUGCAGGUCAUGCAGCAAAUCAUCACCAACACGGGGGAGAUCCAGCAGAUCCCGGUGCAGCUAAAUGCAGGUCAACUACAAUACAUUCGUCUAGCGCAGCCUGUUUCAGGAGCUCAGGUGGUCCAAGGACAACUUCAGACCCUUGCUAAUACCCAACAGAUAACGCAGUCAGAUGUACAAGGGCAGCAGCAAUUUAACCAGUUUACUGACGGACAGCAGUUGUACCAGAUCCAGCAGGUGACUAUGCCGGCAGGACAGGAGCUCACUCAGCCCAUGUUUAUCCAGUCGACCAAUCAGGCGGGGGAAGCUCAGGUGACACAGGUCAGCACUGAUUGAGGCCCCUGAAUCCAUACUUAGGCCUCACCAGCCCAUGUGUGAGAAACUACCAACUUCAGACAACACUAGAGAACCUUUUCAUUAUGGCUUAUUUAGAUGGGACCUCAAAUCUGUUCCUUAAACAUAUUUACAGUCAUAGAUAAGCAGCAUCAGCAGCCAAAGGGGGAUCUCUUAUGUAUGCAACAUGUAAAAAUAGUUUUCUCAUUCACCAUGUCCAUUUAGCUAUGGUGAUCAAGUCUGUUUGUACUGUGCUCAUGUCAUGUCACUCAUCAUUUUAAUAGAAGAGGUUUGUAAUGUCUAUACUUUCUGUAUUUGAACGUUAAAUAGAACAUGCUCAUAAAUCAGUGACUUUCUGCACUUUUCUGUGCAAAUAUUUGUAUAAUUUUGUUAUCUAUGUUAAUAAACCAUAUACCUCUGAUGCCACAUUUGUAGAAAAUAAAACUAAGGGAACACAUUAUUCACUGGUCGCCCUGUAUUUUUCAGACAUUUUUGGUUAGCAUGGUUCUGUUUGGCAGUUAGCCCAUUGUUUUUGGAGCUGGGGGUCUCCUUUAACAUUUGGCAGAUCUUUUUUUGUGGGUUGUGUCUUGUUGCCUGGUCUCACAACUUAUUUCAAUCUGAAAAAAACAUCUUUUUUUAAUACUUUUGUCUUAAAACAAACAAUGUCUAUUGUUGAUUGCCCCACAUUUUGUACAGUAAUUAUCUGUCAUCUUAUUGUUAGUUGUGCAUGUAGUUGAAAUGGACAGCAUGACAUGCAAAAGAUGGGUACAUUUUUAUUUUCAUGUUUGUUUUUGUAAACGACCUUUGUGAAAAAAAUAAAAAUGAAUUGUUCAAGAA